GCCUUGAAACCGCCGAGUUCCAUGUUUGUAUCUUCAAAUUGAGAGCGGAGUUGAACUCCAUGUUGAAACAAAGUUACCAACUCACUUUUAAAUGUAUAUAACUUUUAUUUGUAGAUUUUAUACCGUUCUGGUACGUCAUUGAAUAUUCGAGAAAUGUGAUCGUUUGGAUGCGUAAUGUAUUUAAAUACUGUUUGCGGUUAUGUAACUUUGUGCACAUUUAUAAUUUAAUGUUCCUAGUCAGCGAACAAUCUAACACGGAGCAAAGUUUUUAGUUUCUAUUGUGGAUAAAGUCUGGUGCAAUGGACCACCAGUCCUCAAUAAUCACGCAAGUUAGUCGAGAUGAAGAGGGGAAUAGAGAGAAGGGUCCCCCACCCUCGUCGUCUAAGAAGCCCAGGAGUCGAGGCCUGUUCCACAGCCUCUUCUGCUGCCUAUGUCAUGACCAGGCUGAGCCCCCGCCGGUCAACAACAACGCCCCGCUACUGGUGGAGGAGAACGGAACUGUCUCCAAGGUCCAGGUCAGACCGCUGCUUCCUCAGGCCAAGUCAAAAGACGCAGGGAAGAUCUGUGUUGUCAUAGACCUGGAUGAAACACUGGUCCACAGCUCAUUCAAGCCGGUGAACAAUGCUGAUUUUAUCAUUCCCGUAGAGAUCGAUGGAACUGUUCAUCAGGUAUAUGUGUUGAAGCGACCUCACGUGGAUGAGUUCCUUAAGAGGAUGGGAGAGCUGUUUGAAUGUAUUCUGUUCACAGCUAGCCUGGCUAAGUAUGCUGACCCAGUGUCAGACCUGCUGGAUAAGUGGGGUGCGUUCCGCGGCCGUCUGUUCCGUGAGUCGUGUGUGUUCCACCGGGGGAACUACGUGAAGGACCUGAGUCGUCUGGGAAGGGACCUGAACAAGGUCAUCAUCAUAGACAACUCCCCAGCCUCCUACGUCUUCCACCCAGACAACGCUGUGCCUGUGGCGUCGUGGUUCGAUGACAUGGCCGACACCGAGCUCCUGGAUCUAAUCCCCUUCUUCGAAGGGCUCAGUAAAGUGGAGGAUGUCUACACGGUGCUCAGGCAACAGAGGGACUCCAGCUAGCAGUGCUGUCAGUCACCCUACCCCUCUACUACCGCCAUCUACAGGACAGACCGAGAACCGCAGCCUUAAAGCGUCUUCACACCAACCGUACACCCCCCUCAGCCUACCGUCCACGAGAUCAACCACAAGACUUUCACCUCCAAACAUAGGGAAACAUAGGACUUGACCCUCCAGAACACGAUCUACCAUCCCUCAACCACAGAUGGGCUUGUGUAGAUGGAUGUUGUGGGUUAUAAUGAGUUAGGUUUUUAUACAGUGCCUUUCAUCAAAUGUCAUUGGAGCAUACAGAACAGUCAAGUAGAGGGAAUCUACCGCGUUCUUCACAAUGAAGAAAAAACAUGUAGUAGCAAGGUAAUGGGAGAGAACCCCCAGGAUCCAAUCAGAAUCAGUUCUCCAACGCCGGGUUGGAGUCGAUAAGUUUCCUGAAGACCGAACCGUUCUAGAACUCUCUAUGGAAAAGCAAAUGAUACUGUAUGAAUGGAUAUUUACUACUUUUAACACUUUAAUGUGUUUUUUUAUUUCCUUCACCAAGAGACAAUUUAACAUUUUUAACAAGCAAAGUAUUGGCUUUGUGUAAGUCAAGUGGUUUUACUUCUUUCAUCGCUCAGCUAGUAUCAUAAUGACUAGCACAAUGGGCAUCAGUACUUGUUAAAGGGGAUGGAAUCAUAGAGAGGGACAUUUAUCAGUUACUGCAGCUAUCAAAACGUUCCAUGUCCCUUAAUCGUUAUUUGUUUCAUUUAGUUUUUUAUUAAAACCAUAGGAAUAUGUGCGAUAAUGUGCCAGAUAACAUUUAUACGGGGUAAUGGCACCGUUUUCAUAACAAAUACAGUAGUCAGAUGACUGAAAUGCACCUUAAAUUACAAUAUAAUCUUUUAGGAUUUUUUUGGAUUACAUUGUCUGUGGACCAUGGACCUCAACCCAGACAGACUAAAUGCUCCAGCUCAGACACAUGGACACAGUACCAUGUACACACAGUACCAUUCAAUGGCCUGGAAAACCCUUGGUAUUCUGCAAACGGACCUGGAUAUGUGUUGGAAAAACAUAUUUAGAUUCUGUCCAGGCAAACUUGGUCGUCCCUUUGCUGCAGUAUCAACGCUACAGUCAUGGAGGAGGGCUGGGCGACUAUAUUGUGAAUACCGGUAUGGAUCCACAUACCGCUAUAUAUUUUUACAAUUACAGAAUUUUGAUACAGUGCUAAAUUAAAGGAGAAGUUAUACUAAUUGGACUAGUUCACUGUCAGUUUUGUCCUGGUUUGGUUGAGUAUAAAACCAUCAGAAUGGAGAAAGCCCAUUUUAAAAUCACAAAGAAUUUAUUUGUUGCCAUUCUAGGUCAUGCACUAAUCAUGAAACACAUUUAGACAAAAAAUAUAUAUUUUGUCUGUAACGCCCUGCCUUACCAUGGAGAAAAGGUGUUGAGACUGUGUGUUGGUCAUCUGGUUUUGACAAGCACACUUCUCCCUCCUCUUACUGGAAACAGUACUUGAAUACUUUCCCUUUUUCAUGACCUCUUUUUAAAGGACUGCAAAUACUAUGCUUCUUUAGACCAGAUUGUAGGAUUUGGGUAGUUUGGUUUUUAAGCUUCUGACACAAGUUAGGACUAUAUUAAUUGGUACUUACCUGGGUUUGGAACAAUAAAAUAAAUUGUUAUUUGUAAGUAAAAACUAAGAUGGUCUAUCAGGAAGUGAACAGGAAGAGUAGUUUAAUGGAUUGAGUGAUUCGUAUCGAUUGAUACUGUUUUAUGAAUGCAUGGGGAAAAGCCACUGUGUUGAAGUUGACUAAAGGCCUACUAAAAUACCUUGUGAAAUAAGAUGAUUCAGAGUUUAAAUAACCGUACACCCAUGAUAAAUCUAUCAGUAUUAAGAAAUAAU